AAGCUUCGCUGAACCACCAUCAGAGCGAGAAGGAACUUAUAGCUGGAUACAGGGUCAUAACAACUUUGUUCAGUGUCGUCCAUAGGUAUAGAUAUUAGGAAACUGUAUGCAACCACUCUCCUUAUUAUACUCCCUCCGUCUGCUGAUCGACUUCAUCAUACUUGGGAGUCAAACAAGGCCCACUGAGAGUGUAUCGGAGUCACACAUAUUUUACUGAUCAACUUCUGUAACAAUACAGUCAACGGGAUCCAGGAUCGAAUAAAGAUGGAGUGCUAAGGAAUGGUGUUCAUUUAAUGGCCUCCGAACAGAUGGGCGAUAUAUAAAUUAUAGACCUGCUUGGAAUAUCAGCAUCCAGUUCACGUCACGAUCUGGAUCUUGAUGUAUAUACUGAUGGACCAAUUGAAAUAAAUUGUACGAUCACCUCAACUUAAGAGCUCAAGGGUCUAGUUGAUCACGUCGGAGUUCUGCAGAUAGGAUGGCGAUACACCAAGAGAAAUUAUACAUUUUCAUAGGUAUUGGAUUAGCGAGCUUCUGCGUUAUAUUCCUAUUUUUUCGACCAAUAGAGACGGGGGUUCAUCAACCGCUAGUGCGAUGCGCGCCGCAACAGGUGGUGAAAUAUGUGACGGUAAAGCCCCGCGCAUAUUUGAACACGCCUACAAAAGAUGCCACGCCUGCGAUGACUCGUCAGCCGACGACAUCACAAUACCCAAGAAAGAAAACACAACAACAACAGGAUGAUGAUGAUAGAGAUGUUGACAUUGUAUUACAGAGAGAGAAAUACCGACAGACAGAACUCAAUGAUGUGUUUAUUGGUGUGAAAACAACUGAAAAAUAUCAUAGCACCCGACUACAGCUCAUCUUAGAUACUUGGUUUUCAUUAGCUCCUGAACAGACAUAUUUUUUCACAGACGGAGAAGACAUGGAGCCAUAUCAGAACAAAACAAACGGACAUAUGGUCAAUACCGGGUGCAAACAGAUCCAUUCACCUCAAGGACUCUGUUGUAAAUUAUCCGCCAUUUUCAGUUCUUUCAAAGCAUUUGAUAAAAGAUGGUAUUGCCACGUGGAUGACGACAACUAUCUGAAUAUACCUCAGCUGCUAGCCUUGCUCAGAGGGUAUGAUCAUAAUCAAGAUUAUUACCUUGGUAAACCAAGUGUGACACAUUCUAUAAAAGGCAAAGAUCAUCUCAAGAAUACGUCUGCCGAAUUCUGGUUUGGAACUGGAGGAGCAGGAGUUUGUUAUAGCAAGGCGUUAGUACCAAAGAUGAUGCCCUAUGCAAGUCGUGGAAAGUUUGGAGAAACAUGCGCUAGAGCGGGUCGUCCUGAUGAUAUGACCAUUGGUUUCAUAGUAGAUUACUUAUUAAAUGGGACAUUGACGAAGAUCCCCACCUUCAACUCUCAUAUUCAAAACCUAACGAGGUUACCCACAGAAGACCUUCAUAACCAGGUAACCUUAAGCUACAGUCUUAACGACAAAAAAAUUAAGGGACCUAAUAUCAUCAACAUGAGACCUAUAAUGGAGGAUGAUCCUACCCGGUUCAAGUCGUUCCAUUGUACCUAUUUCCGUGGAUAUGGAAAUUGUACCUCCAGUUGAUACACCUACCAAACUCUAUUUGAUGGUCAUUACUUUAUGCGUUUUCAUGAAGAGCAUGCGCCACCAACGUUCAUCAUCAUGAGAGGCUUGUGGGUCGACCUCUUAAGGUUACACGGGACUAAUUACAACUGGCAGGCAAAAGAUAUUAAUUUGAGUCAACCCAUUCUCAAUUUUUAAAUUUGAUAUUACUGAUUGAAAAAAAUGAAUGAAUAUGACUGACAAUCUAACACUGAUUCUAGGGA